CAAAGAAUUGAAAUACAUAAACUCCGUCAAGGUGACAACUUGAUUCUGGGAUUCAGCAUUGGGGGUGGCAUUGACCAGGAUCCUACUCAGAAUCCUUUCUCUGAAGACAAGACUGACAAGGGUAUCUAUGUGACAAGGGUGACAGAGGGAGGCCCAGCAGAAGUUGCAGGACUCCAGAUUGGAGAUAAGAUCAUGCAGGUGAAUGGCUGGGACAUGACAAUGGUGACCCAUGACCAGGCUAGGAAGAGGCUGACCAAAAGGAACGAGGAGGUGGUUCGGCUGCUGGUGACCAGGCAAUCCCUGCAGAAGGCUGUGCAGCAAUCCAUGAUGUCCUAAUCAAUCAUCAUCAUUGAGCUGGGGAGGGGUUGGGGAGGGAGAUGUAUAGAUUGAUAUCGUGCAAAGAAGCAAAUACUAGACUGGAACAGGUUGGAAGGAGUGCAUGUUCCUACCUGUGGUAAACACUACUUGUUGAUUUUAACCUCCUCUGGUGUAACUGGCAGUAGUAGAGCACUAGUCUCCUCA